CAAUUUCCACAUUUAUAGUAGUCAAUCAAUUAGCCACAAGAGAGUACUAGAAUUUUAUAAACAAAACCCUAAAAUUAAAGCAAAAUGUGCUGGCAGCCUGGCACGAGAAAGAAUUUAUCCACAAGAAAGAAGCUACUAGAAGGCCGUCGCCAAUAGAAAAGGCCCAAGUGCCCAACACUGCUACUACUACUCAUAUUUUCGUCUGAUCCACUUUAAGAAUCUGUACACCGCCGAAUUCUGCUGACGUAAUUAACCGACCGGAAAAUGGACGCGUCGAAGGUUCAACAACUGGAGGAGUUCAUCAAGCAGUUGAAGUCUAAUCCUUCCAUUCUUUCGUACCCAUCUCUUUCCUUCUUUCGGGAAUACAUCGAGAGCCUUGGUGGCAAGAUCCCGUCGCCUGGGAGGGAGGAUAAGGCGAAGUCUCAUGUGGUGGAUGAGGCUGAUGAAGAUAUGGAUGACGCUGAGUAUAAAUCACCUCACGAAGAAGAAGAGCCUGAAAUAGUUGAGUCUGACAUUGAACUCGAGGAGAGUGAUGUUGUGGAGCCUGAUAAUGAUCCUCCACAGAAGAUGGGGGACCCAUCUGUUGAGGUUAGUGAAGAAAACAGGGACGCUUCACAAGAGGCCAAAAUGAAGGCUAUGGAAGCAAUUGGUGAAGGUAAACUUGAAGAAGCUAUUGAACAUCUCACCUCAGCGAUUCUGCUUAACCCUACUUCUGCCAUUAUGUAUGCGACCCGAGCUAGUGUUUACAUCAAACUGAAGAAACCAAAUGCUGCCAUUCGGGAUGCUACUGCAGCUCUCGAGAUCAAUCCCGAUUCUGCAAAAGGUUAUAAAUCACGUGGCAUAGCGAAAGCAAUGCUUGGGCAAUGGGAACAAGCUGCCAAAGACCUCCACGUGGCAUCAAAUCUCGACUACGAUGAGGAGAUCAGCGCUGUACUUAAGAAGGUUGAGCCAAAUGCACAUAAGAUUGAGGAGCAUCGCAGGAAAUAUGACAGACUUCGAAAGGAGAGAAAUGAUAGGAACGCUGAACGUGACCGACAGCGUCGUCGAGCUGAAGCUCAGGCUGCUUAUGAAAAGGCUAAGAAGCAAGAGCAGUCAUCGAGUAACCGGCCUGGAGGCUUUCCAGGUGGCAUGCCUGGAGGCUUUCCAGGUGGCAUGCCUGGUGGCAUGCCUGGAGGUUUUCCUGGGGCUGGUAUGGGUGGUAUGCCUGGAGGUUUUCCUGGGGGUGGUAUGGGUGGAGGUAUGCCUGGUGGUAUGCCCGGGGGUAUUGACUACAGCAAAAUUCUGAGCGAUCCUGAAUUAAUGGCAGCGUUCCAAGAUCCCGAAGUUAUGGCUGCACUCCAAGAUGUGGGACGAGCCGUGAUGUCAUCAAUUAAGUUUCAAUUUAUUGUUUUGUUACUGCAUUCAGCACUGCAUGUUUUUCCUUUCUGUGUUCCAAAUUUGAAGAAGGAAAGAGUCAUGAAGAACCCUGCAAACCUGGCAAAGCAUCAGGCAAACCCUAAGGUUGCUCCCAUUAUAGCCAAGAUGAUGAGCAAAUUUGCUGGACCAAAGUGAUGACAUGAAACAUGAAAAGCCCUUU